UCUCAAUCAGGAAAUUGAAGACAUUUUGCAUCUGGAGUACUUUUGAAGACACAAGCUGGGGGACAAGUUUAAGCACUGGGCAUGAGUUCAGAGACGGAGCCCUGCAGUGGGAGGAGGGGAGAGUGAAAACAGCUUCAGUAAAGAUCCUGUGCUUUAUCAGUAUGCUGUAUCACUGAAGAUUGCCAUUAUACAUGCAGGAUGGGCUGCGCUUGCAGUGACCAGAAACAGGUGAAAGUUGACAAAAGAAAAAACAGCUCUCAGGCCACAAACCCAUCUAAUCACAUAGCACGAAGUGAACAGCCCAUUACGGAUACUGUUUUUGUUGCACAAUAUGACUUUCAAUCGACCAACGACAGGGAUCUACCUUUCAAAAAGGGAGACAAAUUUAACGUUUUACAAGCUAACGGAGAAUGGUGGACAGCCAAAUUAUUGGAGACCGGACAGGAAGGCUUCAUCCCGUGUAAUUAUGUUGCCAGAGCAGAUACACUGGAUGUGGAAAGAUGGUUUUACAGGGACAUAAGUAGGAGAGACACCGAACGUAUGCUUUUAGCCCCUGGAAACAAACCAGGGGCCUUCAUAGUUCGAGAGAGCGAGACCAGCAAAGGGUCUUUCUCUCUGUCCGUCAGAGAUCAUGUACCAGAACAAGGAGAUGUGGUAAAACACUACAAGAUUCGCUGUCUGGACAAAGGUGGUUACUACAUCUCCCCCUCCAACCCCUUCCCAACCCUACAGGAAAUGGUUCAAUACUACACCCGUACAGCAGACGGCUUGUGCCAGCGGCUGCAUGCUCCUUGUAAGGGUAAGGCACCCGAGCUGCCAUGGGCCCCUGAUGAAUGGGAGAUUCCCAGAGAGACCCUGAAGAUGGUGAAGAAACUGGGGGCCGGGCAGUUUGGAGAAGUGUGGAUGGGUUACUAUAAGACUACCCAGAAAGUUGCUGUAAAGACUUUAAAGGAGGGAACGAUGGAGCCGGAGGCCUUCCUCCAGGAGGCCAACCUGAUGAAGCAGCUGCAGCAUGAGCGGCUGGUGCGCCUCCAUGCUGUGGUCAGCAAGGAGCCGAUUCUGAUCGUCACUGAGUACAUGCUCAAUGGAUGUCUUCUGGACUUUCUAAAAUCCGACGAAGGGAGGAAGCUAAAGCUGAAUAAGCUGAUAGACAUGUCAGCGCAGAUUGCUGAAGGCAUGGCGUACAUUGAGAUGAAAAACUACAUUCAUCGAGAUGUGCGUGCAGCCAACAUUUUGGUCAGCGAUACCCAUCACUGCAAGAUAGCAGACUUUGGCUUGGCCAGGAUCAUUGAGACAGAAUACACAGCUCAAGAAGGCGCCAAAUUUCCCAUCAAAUGGACAUCUCCAGAGGCCAUCAACUUUGGCACAUUCAGCAUCAAAUCAGAUGUGUGGUCCUUUGGGAUCCUCCUCACAGAGAUAGUCACAUAUGGAAGAAUACCCUACCCAGGGAUGACAAACCCAGAGGUGAUCAGGAGUCUAGAUAGGUCGUACAGGAUGCCGUGUCCGGACAACUGCCCUCAGGAACUCUAUGACAUUAUGAAUAUGUGCUGGAGGGAGAGGCCUGAAAACCGGCCCACUUUUGAGUUUCUGCAGAACACUCUUAACGACUUCUUCAUCGCCACGGAGGGACAAUAUGAGAUGCAGCCGUGAUUAAAGGGAAGUUUUCCUGAUGAUACCAUUGAAGACCGCAAUGUGCCCUCAAAAGAGAUGUGACAUUUACAUAGGUAAAGGAUGAGGACUAACCAAAGUUAUUGUUUUUAAAGACUGAAACAUAUUUUUACUUAUAAAUAAACCGAUUUUUAAAAACUCCUAUCUGUGUGAAUUAGAAAGCAGCUGAUUACGCGGCGACAGUAAGACCAUCUCAAACAAGUUGUAUUCAGAAAGGAAACGUUUAAUGCCACGUACUCCUGGUAUUGAUGGCUCACAUUCUUGCCAUGUAGUAUGAGAAGACAUAAUUAGGAUUUGGUAAAAGAAGAACAAUGUAAAACAUACAGUCCAUACGUGCUGUUAAAAGGCCUAUAGACCCGGCAAAGUUGGACCAGGUAAAGAUGAAUCAUUUGCAUGGUACAGAAACGAGCAGCCUGAGAAUACAAGCACAAUCCUUUGCACUCCCCCCCUCCCCUUUAUUAUCCCUUUAGUCCUUCAAUGGAUACAAGAAAGUGUUUGUACUUGCAUAUGUUCUAUGAAAAUAAAAAUAUUUACGUGUUAUUUUUC